UUCUUCAUCCUUGUAAAUUACCAGGUUUCAUUAUGAGCCCUCUGUCAGUUUCCUAGAACCACUCACUAUUUUUGUUUACUCCUUAGGACACCCACGUUUAGACCGACUUCCAACGUUUUCACAUAUAUAUAAUAUUAACUGCUUGUAAAAAAGAAAACCAAAUAUAUUGUGCUUAUAAACUGUACAUUUCAUCAGUGAUUCAUUACGUUUCUCUAAUGGUAUUUUGCUUUUCUUAAAGUGCAAACCUACUACCUUACCUUUCCUUUCUAAAAUACCAUCUAUAGUUUAAUAGGAAGUUUUAGGAAAUGAGUUCUCUUGGGUCAGGUCCCUGGUUUUCCAGGGAGCUUGAGCAUUCCCACAGAUUGAUGAAUGAAAAAACAAAGGAAUUUUCUUUCUUGGUUUCAGAAACUAUGGAUUGGCUAAAUGAACAUAUGUUGGAGGUUUCUAAGUUACGUUUAGAAGGAGACCUCUAUACAUUGGCUAAAACUCCUAACAGAAUUAAAGAAAAAUAUACUACGCCAAGACUAAGUCCAGUUCGACGCUGCGAGCUGCCAACUCCUAGAAUGCAGUUAUCUUCAAUACAGCAACAAUUGGAACAAGCCGCAGAAGGCAAAGAGAAGGAAAAAAAUAGUCUUCGUCUGGAACAAAAGGACUUUCUGCCUAUUCAUACCGAAGAAGAGCCAAAACCGGAGUCGAAACCUUCUGAAGUUUAUGUAGACAACAGCCAAAGUCCUGCGCUACCGAAAUCACCCUCACCCGUGUCUGAUGUGAAGCAACCAGACUCAGAACAUCAAAGUAAGGAUGCUGAAUUGCUAACAGAGAUAAAAAAAGAGACUCCUACGAAAAAUCCUUCACCUGCUUCAAAUCCUCAACAAUUUACUGAAUGGGAUAUUCCUCUUCGUGAACCUUCUCCUUCUCCUAUCAAGUCCACCGCAAGUCCCAGUAAAUCAUUGCAAAACAAGCAUCCUGCUUAUUCCUUUGUUCAUUUACCAAAACGAGAAGAUAUAUUAAGACGUCCUGCCUCUCUUCAAAACCGAGCUGAUUCAACAAACUCUUUCCUGCAUCAACUUAAUCGACGAUUAACGAAGGAAAGCACUUUGAACACAGCAAAUUCUGAAGUUGAAGCUGCACAUCCAAAUGCUCAAAAUCUUUCAAAGUCAAGUUCUUCUUCUCUCACUAGUCCUUCUCGACUAAAACGAUUUUUAUCCUCAAUUGCAUUUGGAAAUAAAACUGAGUCUAGUAAACAGGAGCCUGCUUCUACAAUUGAAAAUUCAUCACCUAAGCUGAACCCGCAUAAGCGUUCCUCAGAUGUUGCUGCAAUCGAGGACAAUGCUCCCAAAAAUUUUACUAAACAAAGGAAAACUUCCCCCGAAAUGCCUUCUUCUAAAGAGUUUACUAAUGACAAGCAAUAUUCUAAAAGCAUUGAUGUACCUUCAAGGUCGGAGCGGCCUGCAAGUACUUCAACUGAAGAUAUUUCGUCACAUGAUGAACAGAAGCUUGACAAACAAAUGGAUGAAUUUGUUCCUUUAAUGCAUGAGGAGAAAAGCCCUCUAAAAUUUAAAUCAAAGUCUACGUCAAUGUUUGAUAGGGCUGAAAAACUCCGCCAGCAAAUUCACGGAUUAGCCGGGAAUCGGACAGAGGAACCCUCAACUCCUCCAGGAAUAAAAAAGCCCGUUAGUGCUGUUCUUGAUGCUGCUAGAAAUUCAACCGCAAAAGAUUUACAACUAGCAAAACUAAAAAUUGGAGGAUCUAAGCAAGAGUCACCGAAGACCCCUAACAAAUCUCACGUAAAAUCUGAAAUUCCAAAGAUACCUUCCAUAGCUCCAUUUACAAAGCUAUCGACUAAAAGCUCCGUGUCUCAGCAGAAGGGUCCUUUAAAUUCAUCUCAUUCCAACUCAGAAACCCACGAAAAUGCGCUUGAAUCACAUAAUAGAUCCAAUAUAAGCUCCAAUCCUCAAACGUCAGAGAAAUCGUUGGAUAUUGCAAAAGAAACUCGUAAAUUGACGGAAGCCGGAUAUUUGUCUACACAGAGUCAACGACCGGUGGCUAUUCGUGUUGCUACGGCAUCUCAGCGUGAAUUGGAGCAGACAGAAAGAAGGAAAGCUAAAGCUACCUUGUCUUCUUCUUCGACACAAACUGAAUUCAACAAUGCCGAUAAAGAUUUACCGAGAGCUUCAUCCUCUUUAAGCACCAAUUCUGAUAAUAAUCGAAAAUUAAUACCAAUGCGUCAAAUGAAGACCUCGAACAUAAUGAAAUCUGUAAACUCUUCAGAAGAUCGAAAUGAAGCAGGGAAAUCGCCUGAAGCAAAUGUGAAGGAGGAGUCAGUCCAGUCACAAGCACAUAUUAACGGUGAUAAACAAGAAAAAUUGGGGUCCAAACGUUUAGUGACAAAUGCAACUGGGUCAAAUUGGAACAAUGCAAUGAUCAAAAGACAGGAAGAAUCAAGAAGACGUAAGCUUUUGGCAGAAGCUGCAUCGUCCAAAUCUAAACCUGGGUUGACAAGAGUUACAUCAAAACCUACGCUUCGCCCUACUCGUGAACUGUUAGAAGACAAGUCUUUGGCUUUGCAUUACUCUGGUUCCAGAAAGAUUGAAGGCGACACGGUCACGUCUUUACCAAUUUCAACUACCAAUCAUAAAUCCAAUAAUGAAUCUCAUACGAAUGAUGAAGUUAAAGGAUCACAAUUUCAGCCAGCAGCGCUGAGUAAAGUAGGCUUCAAGCCUCAGACUAUGAAACCGUUGCGACAUAAUUUCCCUCCACCCACAAAACCUGUUGCUAUAAAAGAAAAUAAUUCGGUAUCCAACACAACUGCUUUAAAUAACAGAAAACCAACCAAUUCUGCUAAUACGGAGCCUACAGUCGAUAGAAAGUUAUCUGGGUCUCAAAAGUUGCAAAGAUCACCCUUGGUUAAAACUCCUAAAACUAGUCAGUUUACUGGUUAUGAUUCAUAUUCUCCUAACGCAUCUUACGAAUUACCUGACAUCGACAGUGACUAUUUAGAUGAAAGUGAUGACGAAGAAAAAAAGAAAAAAAUCAACUUACCAUCGUGGGCGGAAUCACCUGAACUUCAAGAGCAAUUGAAGCGACAGCAAAAGUGGGAUCCUGAUAAGAUUUUUGGAUCUAUAAAGCCGUUACAUAUGGAUGAGUUAUUCAAAUCAAAAGAUCGAAGUAAGCUACGUUUUCGUCCAAGGAGUUCAUCCGCCGACUGGUCAUCUCAAGACAGGCUAACGCAAGCGGAAAUCGAUAACUAUAAACGGAAUAUGGGGUAUUUAUAAUCAUCUAAUUAGUUUUGGAGUCACAAUUUGUACACUAUUAGUUAAAUGAGGUUGAUUGAUUCAUAAUGUUAACUUGGAAACCGAACUUUGUUUUUUUUUAUUUAUAUUUAUUUCUAAUGCAAAUACAAUUUUUACUUGUAAUAUUAAUACUGAAACUACUAAAUCAAAAGGGACAGCAAUUGGUUUCUACUAAUAUGAUUUAAGAAUGUUAUUAAGAAUUUAGUU